CCCCCGCCCCCGCCGCGCACACCCCACCCGCCCUAUAUAGGGGACGGGGGGCAGCGCCGCGCAGAGAGGCGCCGGGCACGGGGAUCCGCAGCGGCAUGGCCCUCGCCAGGGCGGCGGGGCAGGCAGGUCCCGGCGCGGCGCUGGCGCUGCUGUGGCUGCUGGUCCGGGCGGCGGCCCCGCCGGCCGUGUGCGCCCCGGGGGACAGCGGCUGCCACCGGCUCACCGUGGCAGACCUCUUCGACCGGGUGAUCCGGCACUCGGGCAGGAUCCACAGCCUCUCCACGGCGCUCUGCACCGAGCUGGAAAACCGCUUUCCGCCCCGUGACAACGAGCUGGGGAAGCCCGCACGGAGGUGCCCCACGGCCGGGAUGCUGACCCCCAACGGCAAAGAGUACGCCCAAAAAAUCCCGAGAGAAGAACUAACUUACGUGAUACUGAAACUUUUGCACGCCUGGAAAGAACCUCUUUCCCACUUUAACCAGCACAUUGAGCACCAUCAAGAGUUACCCGAUGACAGCCUUAGUAAAGCUAAGCUAAUCAGCAAGAUGGUUCAUGAGCUGGAGACUGGGAUUGAGAAAGUGACAGAAAAGAUGCAGUCAAUGGGCAUCAUCAGCAAUUCCUUACAUGGAAUGGCAUCAUCUGAAGCUGCUGGCUUCUCCAGUACUAAUGAAGCAGACAUGCUGAGCGACUCUGACUUUAUUCACUGUUUCAAGAGAGACUCCAACAAAGUACAAUGCUACUUAAAAAUUCUGAAGUGUAGGAUUAUGCCAGAAAACAGUUGUUGAUUUGUGAUCCCUUGGCAAGGAGUUUUCAGCAUGUUGUUUACAAAGAUGGGAAAAUAUAAUUUAUUUACAGUAAUUUUACUAGGAAAGUGGUUUGGAAAUUCUUUGGCAGCUACUUGUGUCUGUUAACCUAUGCAGCUGGAAUAUUAAAUAAAGCAUCCUGUGCGAUGUCAGUAAACACACCAGCUAAAAUGGAGUACUCCAGUGGUAGCUGAAGCCAUGUCUUUGACAGAGUUUAGACAUACACAUGGUCACAAGUAAAAGUCAGCUUGUUAGGCUUUGGUACAAAGACAUCUAAAUACUCUAAGUUUCCAUACGGAAUUUACUGCUCAAGUCUGGUCUAAAUGCCAUUUCAGUGUGAGGGCUGGGUGUGGCUGUUGGAGCAGUGUGUCUGUUUCCCAUAGCAUGUCCUGACCCAGUGCACGGGUUUUACGGGAAUGAUGACAAACUCCACAGCGAGUAAAAAUCUGAAAGCCAUUAGAAAUUUUGCAGCCAUCACGAUUUCCUAUCAGUGGGGAGACUGCUUACUGCUGUUCCUAGAACAAAACCUUUCUGCAUUUGUAUCCUAAAUGAGACAUUUGAAUAGGCAUUUAUAAUCAAUGUGGAUUUAUCUUUAACAUUCCUGACUACUUCAUCCCUGAAUGCUCUUUUCUGGCCUCCUCUAAUCUUGAUGGUUGUUGACAGUUGCUGGAGCUCAGUCUGCCAGGAAUGGAGAUUAAAGUGCUGAUGAUUAUUUCAUACUGAUGCUGGAUUUGGUCUUGAGAAACUCAGAGAAUGGGAAAACAUUUCAAAGGAACAUUUAUGCAGAGGAGAGAUACGACCUUUUCAGGUGCAUUUCACUCACUGUUGAUACUCAGAUACCAGUGUACUUGCUCAGCUAGAUGCUGUGAGCACUCACGAUUUGUUUCUGGUCCCUGUUGUGCCAUGGACGCUAGAAAUGCGAUGGGUUACAAGGUUCCUGCUCCAAAGAAGUUACUAGCUGCAAUUCCUUAGGCAGGAAGAUGCCACAAAUGCAUAGAAAAAGAGCAGCACUUGAAGAAGUUUGGGAAACAAAACACAUCUCCAAACAGCCAGAAUAAAGGAAGGGCUCCGUAAGGAA